AGGGUGGUGCUAUUUUCUCUUCUUGUUUCUCUUUUGAUCAUUCAGUUCGGCAUGUGCCAAAAGGUUGAACCUGACCCAAAGACCAAAGCUGAUAAGAGACCAAAUGGCAAGUCCAAAUCUGGGAAGGGAUCAGGAAAGACUCCUGCUUCCAAGCCUAAAGUGAAAACCACCCCUCAGACCCCCAAAGAAGCCCAGGCAUUCCUUACUCAGGUGGUAAAAAAGGGAAGGUUCCAGAAAGUAGGGGACACGCUGACUGUCCAAGCAGAUGAUACGUUAGAGCUGAGGUGUAAAGGAAAUCCUGUCCAGUGGGCUGUUCCUGCAUAUCUGGAAGAGGAUGAUGAAGGACGACUCCGGACAGUUCAGCAUGAACGUUAUGGUACACUGAUUUUGGCAAAUUCAACAGGGGCAGAUACAGGGGAGUUCACAUGCUAUCCCAUGUACUGUGAGGAUAAAGAUUGCAGAAAACAGUAUGACAAAGGCGUCAAAGUCUACAUCUUUUUCUCAGACCCUCAGGAGUUGUUUGUACCUUCCGCUGACUAUUAUAAGGCCAUUCAGCUUCGCACUAACUGGCCCACCGUCCUGCCCUGUCAGGUGACUUCUCCGUUAGCAAAGGUGACUUUACACCGGGAAUUUCCUCCAAUGGAGGUGAAAGUGGAUGGACGAGAAAUCUCCUUUGAUGUCCAAAAGGGUUUCACCAUUCACAGACCAAAGCAGAAUCAUGCUGGAUCUUUGUACUGUGUGGCAAGCCUGGGGAACCUUCGCCAGAGCUCAACCAAAUACAUGCUCAUCUAUGUCAACUAUCCAGCCGCUCCUCCGUCUCCUGCGAUCCAAGCCUCCUCCGACACUGUGGCAGUGGGACAGAACCUCCAGGUGACAUGCACUGUGAUAGGAGAGCAGGAUGUGGUGGUGGAUUUUACCUGGGAAUAUCCUGGACAAAAGAUUGGGCGCCCGCUGUACAGCCAGGACAGUGUGCAGACAGUGCAGGUGGAUGGACAAAACCGACAGCGAACUCAGACAAUACUGCUGGUGGACGAACUCAGAGAGGUUGACCAAGGAACAUACAUCUGCACAGCUGAAAACCUAGAGGGUUCAAGGUCUGCAUCAACCAGUGUCAAAGUGCAGUCAGCACGAACCAACACCAAACCUAAGAAACCAUGAAGUCCUUCAAAGAAAUCCUGCAGAAACCUGAAAACCUGGAGAAUGCCAGUCAGAUAUUCUCUGCUAUACUAAAUGGCUGAAAAAUAACCAGAAUGAUCACCACAGAACACUGAUUUUUCCUUCUGAGUAGACACAAGUCAGUGGCAACAGAGCAAAGCGGAAACAGUGCUUAGAUUACAUAGUAUGUGUGUUAAUAUUGUUUUAUUGACCCUAUGGCAAGAAAGCAAGAGGAGAUUGUAUAAAUGUCAUUUGAGCACAGGCAAAAUUAAAAUAUGACAAUCAAACAUGCAAUUACAGAAAUACUGGUAUAAAUGGAUAAACAAAAAAUGGAACGAGGGUUAUGUAUCCAUCUGAGUAUAACAACAUUUUACU